CGAGUAUUAUUCCCUAACCUAGUAAUGCCUUAUCGUGGCACGAAUGAGAUAACGCCGGCAGCUUCCCCGAAGAAUGACCCAUGAUUAGCGCAACUCUACCCAUGUAUCACGGCCAACGGCUCACGCAGACACUUGACGGAUUUCGCACUAACUAUUUCACAGAUCAGGCGCACGGAUCUGUACCUCUCGCCUGCUGCGGCUCAUCUCGAUUCCUCGGGUGUCGUGCCGCUUUCCCCGCUCCCUUAGGAUGAUACCCAACGACACCAUAUUCACACAGAUAUUGAGAUUGCUUGAAUAUCUCGAAGCAUAAAUGGUGUGUUACGGGGUGGUUAUAAGUUGUGUGAUGAUUGUCUUGUGAAAGGGCCUCAGGAUGACCUCCCCAUUGUAGUCGUUGCUAGCCUAGAUUUUGCGUGUCUCCGGUAGCUUAGCGCGCCAAACCGCUUAAUUGGGAAUUGGUACGCCUCUCAGGCGCAGACCACUUAUUGGAUAUUUACGGCUGGCCUGAUGGGUGCCCUUAAAUCGCAUUCGACAACGAGGUUCCCACGUACAGUAGACACCCA